AUGGCUCGGAAGCCUUUGAAUUGUCUCAUAGUGGGAGACACACCUGCAACUCAGUUUCUGGCUUGGAGGUUGAGCCUCACGAAUGCCUUUAUAAUUUUGGUUUCGCAGCACAUUUCUAGGGAUGGACUUAUCUCCUGGAAAAGUGCACAAUUAGGUUCCAAUUUUUACCGGCCCAACGAAUUUACCAAAAAUUACGAUGAGCUGGAGGCCAAGUUAGUAGACGCGGAAGGAAAACAGAAAUUCAAACUAGAUAUUAUCAUUCUGUCUUGCCUUUCGUUCGCAGCAUUGAAUAAAUACUCCAGCUUAUUAGCGCGUUACAGUUGUGAGGAUACUAUUGUCCUGGUUAAUGCGAACUUUGGAGUUGAAUUGGAAAGACUGGUUAUAGACAAAUUUCAAGGAUCCAGUUUAUGUGUUCUUUCUGUCUUAUGCGAUGUGGAGGGUCGACAGUUAUCUUCCGGGUCUUAUGCGCUUGUGAGCGACCGGUUUGAAUUUUAUUUCGGCAUCUCGUACACCCCUGUCCAAGGCGACGUAACUAGCACUCUAGAAAAGAUGCUAAAGAUCAACGCCGCGGUUGUUCAAGAUCUUUUCCAAGAUCAAAAUUCGACUUUGAAUGCAAUGCUUCAACAACUGCAUGGCACGAAAGUGGAAAAAGUAGUCAAAUUCUCUCCUGACAAGGGCAAUGACAUGGCGCUGAAAAUAUGGAAGUAUGUUAUACCACGAAUAAGCUUGCAUAUUUUGUCCAUUGUAUUUGAACAAUUCGAUUAUGAAGAGCUCGCACUCAGCAACUCAUCUUCGGCUAUUUUCCGCGAUUUGGUCAGCGAGCUAAUGAUGAUUUGCUUGACACAAAACAACUCUGUAGUCAAGAAUUUUAUGCUGCCUGCCUACACAGAGGACCACGCCAAUAGCGAAACUGUCACUAACUUGAGUUCUCUCAUCGAUUAUAUGCAGGUGGUCGAGGAGACGAAAAGACGAAAGAAGCUGUUGGAUCAAUCAACAAUAAAUGAGUAUCCGGAGUUUCUUUCACUGUCGUUCGAAGCUUACUGCUUUUAUCAUCGUUUGGAGUUUCCCGCUCACAUCUUACUGUACCAGCCAGUGUUGUUGGCGGAAAGCUAUGGGAAGAAGUGUUCCAGCCUAAACUUUCUGUUUGGAUUCUACUCUCGCCUUUUAUCAAUCAGCGGAUUUUCGAUUGAGGGAGGACCCACCACACCUAAUGUACCAUCACUCCUGUUUGGCAUAAGGUCUCAAAUAACCAACCACAGUGAACAAACGCUAGUUUCUAAGGAAGAGUUCUUAAGCGAGAAAGUGAACAGACAUUGGAGCAAGAUGAAACACACGACGAGGAAUCACGAAGAGAGGCCAAAGGAGGCAGAUUUUUGCGCCACUGACUGCAUGACUUCAACUAUGGAAAGAAAAACAGCGCCAAUCAGCAGUAACGUAUCGGUUGACAGUUGCCAAGCCUGUGGUUCCUCGUUAUCACCUCCGUUUCUUGACGGGGCAGAGCCAGAAAUUAGGGAUGGUUUCAGGCACCGCAUUGUUGAAGAAAUUGACGAUUGGGAAGGAAACGACUGCACAUCGAUCAUUGAUGAUGUGAUCCGUCUGCCGAAUUUUGAGCCGAAAAUUUCCAGUUCUAAAGCGCUCACUGCCUACAGACCCCAGACAACCGCUUUGAGCGGUAGUUUGGAAGCGGAGAUCAGACGGAACCCAAGCUUUGCAGCGAGGACGCUUGACGACAGAUGGCGCCAGAGAUAUGCUGAUCAGCAUCAGAAGGCAGCAUUACCGAGAGAAGAAAAUCUCUGGAGAUUUCAACGCCGGUUUUUUUCCGACAGGCAACUCGCUAAGAGACCAAGCUCGCACCCGAUCAACCCGCUGCGAACUCAUAUCGGUCUUUUGCAGCGAUCUAACAUGAAGGGCAUUCUGACCGUCACUACGAGCAGAUACGGUCACGUGGACUCCACACGUCGUAUAUUACACCAAUGGUCGCCGACCAAAUCCAAGAGUGAUGAUGGUCACCAACAACGUGAUACAAUCUAUCGGCAGGCAAAUCCUUUAGAUGCCGAAGGAGACGGCAUUUAUAUGCCACCCGGUAACUACGAGCAGUGA